CUACGUCGCUAUAAACUCACGCUAACGUGCGGUUGGAUUCGAUCGGAAGCUGCUUCGGAGCUAUCCUGUAAUUCGUUGAAACGAUUCGACACGUUGGUAUUCCGAUGAUCGGAGACAAUAGGAAGAUUGUCCAGCGAAACAUCGAUUCGCUUGUCGUCUAACCCGUGGAGAGGAGAAGCGCGUACCUGGCAUCCGGUUCACGGCGUGUUGCAAUUGUUAACCUCAUUUGCGGCGCUCGCCGAGUCUCGCUUAUUCGUGCAAACAACUAAUUUUGUACGAAGCCUAGAAAAGGUGUCGUCUCGCCGUCGAACACCCGAACGUUUAUUAUUCUCCGAUCUGGCAAGUGACCGCGAGCUGCAUUACCGAACGAUAGAGUUCAAGAUCGUCCGAGUUUUGCAAUGAAAAGUGGGACACGCUUUUCUAAAUCGUUUACUCUUGUAAAUCACUUGGUUGCGCAACGCUGUCGUGUCUCGAUGCACGGACUCGAUUGAACGAAUCGCGGGCGUUUAUCCUUCGACGCAACUAUCGUCCGCGUGGUCGCUUCGUAUUCUUGGACAGUGCUGAUCGUUGAGCGCUCGCAAGGGAAGGAUCCCAAAGGAAAUUCCGAUAAACAUAAAAGAGAAGAAAAAGAAUCCUAGGACUUUUGCGUAGAAAUCACGCAGCUAGCUUACUCCGCCAUUGGAAUUUCGAGGAAUCGUGUUAACCGUCAUGGUAUGUCAAAGAGGUAUCCGGAACACGAUGCAAAAUGUCGAGUAAGCUGUUCUAAGGUCCGGAUUUGCUGAAUCAUUAUCGAAGACGUGCAAACACUCGAAGCGAUUCUUCGCCGAUCAUUCAGCGUUACUCCGUUAUUCGAUUUCUUUCCGACAACCAAUCGAGAUUGUCAUGCAAGCUUUUUAAUGUCGAGAAAUAAAGUAUCAUAAUCUGAUUUGACGAGAAAAAUGCUGUACAAUUCACCCUGUUCAUCACAUAUCAACGUCCUGGGAAAAAUCUAAUGUUUAUCGCGUACACGACGCAAGAGGUUAGAUUAGAUUAGAUUAGAGGUUAGAUUAGAAACACAAUAUUUUCCGUGAUUCAUCGGUGUAGCACUUUGAUCUUGUCGUUUAUAUAAUCGUGUUAUCAAACUGAUACAUCAGUUUGUCAAGUUAUCCGAGGAAUACGGUUCUAUCACGAUUUAAAACAAAGGAUGGGCACUGAAGAAAUUAUCGAUUUCACAGCCCUAGGAGCGGAUAUUCAGCUUCUAAUAAAAGAGAGCAUUGUAGUCCGUGAACAUUCUUACUCACCUUACAGUAAAUUUAAAGUUGGAGCUGCAGUUCUGUGCGACGACGGAACUAUUUUCACAGGAUGCAACGUCGAGAACGCGAGCUAUCCUGUCGGGACAUGUGCUGAAAGAGCAGCUAUCGUAAAAGCAGUAUCUGAGGGAAAGAGGAAGUUCAAGGCAUUAACGGUGGUAGCUGACAUGGGAAACAAUAGUAGUUUCGUCACGCCGUGUGGUUUUUGCAGACAAGCUAUGAUAGAAUUUGGUGAUAUACCAAUUUAUUUGUCAAGUCCUGACAUGAAAAAUGUACUAAAAACUACAACGCGCAUUCUAUUGCCCCGUGCCUUUGGUUUAAAUAAUGUAAAUAUAUUACAAUGAAUUUGAGCUAAACUCAGGAACCAAACUUUAUAUAUCAUUUGCUAAAACAGUAUUUAUAUCGUUUGAGCCAACAUUCCAUCGACUUGUAUUAGGAGGUUGUUGUCCUCGAUAUUACAACUAUCUAAUUUAUAAUAUUGCGUCUAAAUGAAUAUUUAUUAUAUUUUAUUAUACUCUAUUCGAACAACCGAAUGUUGGUUUCUGUACAAAUUUCAAGGAGUACAAAGUUUUAAGAAACGGUGUAUUGUUACUGUAUCGAAUGAUCUUAUUUUCUUAAAUAGUUUCUUUGAUGCUUACAUUGAAAAAAUGAUAAUCUAUAAAUGUAAUCGAUUAUCAUGCAAUUUCUAAGGUACAUCAUUUUCUAAUAUACAUUAUACUUGGUAAGCAGAAGUAACAUGAAUAGUAUAUACAAUUGAUGUAGCAAUACAGUUGAUAUAUACAUGUGCAAUAGUAUUUGCAUAUUGUGAUUUUGGUUAUGAUUAUUUCUUAAUAAUAGAAAUGCAAAGACAGGAACGAUACUGCGUAUAAUACACAUCUAAUAUCUUGAUGGAUAUUUAUGCUACAUGUGAACCCUAGAGUAGUUACCCUCUUACGUAGAACUCGUUAGUGGACACGUAUAGCACUAUGUUUACCAAAAUGGGCACCUGUAAUCAAACAUAACCAUAGCAGAGAAUUAUAUAAAUAAAUUUAAUUUC